AUGCGACAAACUUGCUAUCCCAAUUCCAUCCGCCAAUUGACUACAACAAGUCAACGAUGGAGCAGCGAACUCGCUGUUCCACGUCCUGCGAGUGUCGAAAAUGAAAUCCGAGUGCCUCUACCGAGAUGGAGCUCACUCGCAGAGGAGGAACGGUAUAGGGCGAACUUCUUCCAAGCUCUUGAAAACGGACAACCGAACCAAGUGUUAGAAGCCAUGGCCGAUCCACGGUCGGUGGAGCUCGUUGGUUCGCUACCGCCAACCGUGUUUAUCGAAGCUUUCCAUCUUCUCUCUCCAGCUCAUUUCGUAAUACCCUACCGAGAUCUUCACCAUACACUGCACGGGUGGGGCGUGUUAAUGCAAGGGCUUAAAACGUUGGAGGCGGUGUUCGACGACUUCACGAGGGACUUGCUUACGAUCAUCCAAUAUAGAUCGGAGGCUGGGCAACCACCUCAACUAGCCGAGUACACUCAUCUCUUGGACUGCGCACAGGCGAUGGGAAAUGGUCCCCUAAUCAAUGCCCUUUGGGAUGGGAUGCAUGCCAGCAAUGUCACUCCCGACACAGCGUGUUAUAAUCACUACAUGUCAGCACUGGUCUGGAACCACUGUUACGUGGGUAAAGAAGCAUACAAUACUCGCAUCAUUCCUUACACCUACAAAAAGCGGCGCAUGGUAGAUCCGAAUCCUGGAUGGCGUGGUUAUGGAACGGCGUGGAACAGUGUCAAAGGAACUGUGCUGGAUAUAUUCAGUCAUAUGUGCCAGGACGGACUCAGUGGCGACGAGCAGACAUACAUCAACAUCCUCCUCGCGUCGUCCCGAGUUGGCGACAAGAAAGCUACCAUGAAUAUCCUCAAGACUGUAUGGAACGUUGAUGUUGAUGCUAUCUUGGCUGAGAGCGAUAACUCGAAGCUGCCCCCUGUUACGCCCUAUGAUACUUGGUCCGGUCUGUACCCAUCCGAGAGUCUUCUAUUCGCCGUGGCCCAUGCCUUUGGCACGAACAACGACACCCACGCCGCCAUGAGAACAGUCGAGUUCAUAGCUUCCUCGUACCACAUCCCCAUUUCAGGCAAGGUCUGGUCUGAGCUGCUUGAAAGAACAUUUACUCUCUCCAAAGAACACAAGCGGAGACAGGCAGAAGAUGGGCGCAUAGGCCAAGUCCCAAGAGAUAUGGUUCGUGACAUGUUCCAGGUAUUGACGACGGAUUACAAUGUUCCUGCGACUCUACAAAUGUACCGAUACAUGACCCAAACCAACAAGUUAGAUGGCGACCUGGAGGCGUGCAAAAGAGACAUGCGUAAGGCAUACGACGUCCUGAGCCAAACAAGGAUAAAAAGGAAGGAAGCGAGAGAUGCCGUUAUGCAGUGUUUGCAGCCAGUCUUGGACAGCAUGAGACCGCUGGCGGAUGGGAAGGAAGCGCAGGAUCCCAUCAAAUACCAACGAAGCCACGCCCGGAUACUAGACCUGUCACUGCUACAGUGUCCCCUGCUCGCCGAAGCCAUCCACACAUACGAUCUCCUCCGGCUCGAAGUCUUCCAGCAGAUUUAUCAACUGCAGCGCAUAGCCCAUUCAAUGAUCAUCACACCGGAGUGGAGCGGCAUAUCAGUCCAAGCCUGGGAGCUCCAAGAACGGCCCAAGCUAUUGGAAGAAUGGAAAGAUUUCCUGCCAGCGCGUCAUAGGUGCGAGUACAGAGACGGCGAGGUUGGAACAGUCGAUUUCAAAGGGUACACGAAUUCGAAGAGCCGAUAUAUGAGCCAGCAUGGCCGCAUUCACGCACGGCGGAUACCAGAUGGGCCGGAACUGUUCCGUCCGGUUGAGCCCAAGAUCCUCGAUGAUAGGAUAUUCUGGGACCUCUUGCUCUAUGAGUACCCCCAGCUGGACACGUCCAUUUCGCCGAUCAGUCGCAUCUACUCGUUCCAGACAGAGCACAGCCAAGAAUUAAAAGAAAAAAUCGAAAAGCUCAACACGCGUGUUGAGUACCCGGAGGAGCAUCAUUUGUCGCAGGAGAAUAAUCCUUCUGCCGGGUUUUAUAGUCGUAUUCAUGCGGUGGGCCUGGAUGCUAAACCGCACAAUUCUAUCUUCUGGGAGGAUAGCAAUCCUUGGGUUCGAUGA